AUGGCUCAUACAAAGCAGACUGCCUGCGAAUGGACCCAUGGGAAAGCAUGCAGGAAGCAACUGGCCAUAAAAACCGCCACCAAGAGUGUGCCCUCUACUGGAGAGAUGAAGAAACCUCAUUAUUACAGGCCUGGUACAGUGGCACUCCGUGAAAUUAGACGUUAUCAGAGGUCUACUGAACUUCUGAUUCACAAACUUCCCUUCCAGCAUCUGGGGAGAGAAAUUGCUGAGGACUUCAAAACAGAUCUGCGCUCCCAGAGUGUAGCUAUUGGUGCUUUGCAGAAGGCAAAUGAAGACACCAACCUGUAUGCUAUUCAUGCCAAACAUGUACUAAUGAUGCCAAAAGACAUCCAGCUACAUGCUGCAUACACAGAGAACGUGCUUAAGAAUCCACUAUGA